GAAGAAGAAGCAGAAGAAAGAUGGCGAGAAGCGGCCGGAGUUUACGGAGCGUCGCCCAGUGCGUGAGACAGCUGCAGGACAGGAGCGGCGUCCAGUGCGUGAGACAGCUGCGAGGCCGGAGCGGCGUCAGGUAUUUGUCCUCAUGUGGGAUCCUGAUGACUCGUCCUCACCUCGCGUCGAGCGUCUCUCCAGGACACUUGAUCUCUCCUCCAACACGUCACUUCUUCAACCUGACAGACUCUUUCUCCAGAAGGAAGGAAUAUUCAGAGAGACGGAUCAUCGGGUACUCCAUGCAGGAGAUCUACGACGUGGUCUCCUCGGUGGAGGACUACCGGCUCUUCGUUCCCUGGUGCAAGAAGUCUGACGUGAUCUUCAGGCGGUCCGGGUUCUGCAAGGCCAAGCUGACGGUGGGCUUCCCCCCCGUGCUGGAGAACUACACCUCCCUGGUCACCACAGUGUGCCCCCAUCUGGUCAAGGCGGCCUGCUCGGAAGGGAGGCUCUUCAACCACCUGGAGACGGUUUGGAGGUUCAGUCCUGGUAUUCCUGGUUACCCUCGGACCUGCACCGUCGACUUCUCAAUCUCCUUCGAGUUCCGCUCCCUCCUUCACUCCCAGCUGGCUCACGUCUUCUUCGAUGAAGUGGUGAAGCAGAUGGUUUCUGCCUUCGAGCGUCGAGCCGCAAAAGUGUAUGGAGCUGAGACAGAGAUUCCCCGUGAGCUUAUGUUCCAUGAAGUUCACCACACGUAGCGCGCGCACACACACACACACACACACACACACACACACACACACACACACACACACACACACACACACACACACACACACAGAUGCAGUGCCUUCACCUUUCCACCAGGACUCCUUCUGGACUUCAUCAUCUGACUACCCAGAUCGGACCACAGCACAGCCUGGACACACACACACACACACACACACACACACACACACACACACACACACACACACACACACACACACACACACACACAGUGAGCUGUGAUAAUUGGUUCGGUUUGAUCUGAACUCCUCUCUGUUUGAACCAAACAAUGUUUUGUGACUGUCUUUGUGUAAAUAUUAAUCACCCGUGGCCUUUUUGAAGAAACGUCGGAGACUCGAUCGUAGCGCAGCGGCGCCUCGCGACGUUUCCUCUCGGGGAUGGUGGCUGGCUUCAGUUCCGGCAGCCAUGUUUAUAUUUGAUAUAUGUUAAGUAUUGACCACACAGGCAUCAGUGAAGUUCAGAUAAGUGUUAAGUUACAUAUCUCCUAUAUAUAGAAAAGCUAAAAUAGAACUAUUAAAAAAAAAAAAAACCUCUUUAGCAGCGCUAACUGCUCACAGUGCUAAGCUGACAUAGACGAAUCAUGUUCGUGGAGACACGACAUUUAAAAUGUUACAUUGUAGGUGCAAUUUCAACCCUUAAACUGUUCUUUAUCACUUGAAGACACGAAUGCUAACCUCCACAUUAGCUGAAACAGAAAUGUCAGCGUUGGUUUUCAGAGCUGCUCUCACAUCGGAACCAAAUGAACAAUAAACUGUUCUUAUAAGCUAGCUUUGGUGCAUGUUCCUGUAAAACCUCAGAAAGUUGAGACUAAAAUGCAGAGAAGGAAUUAUCGUAUCUUGUUUAAGAGUUAAAACGUUGGAAUUGGUGAUUUUUCAAAUGAAAUACAGACUUAUUACAGCCCUUUGUAAUGAGACUGUAGUGAUUGUAACCUGUUAGCUUAAGUGGCUUUAGCGGCGUUGAAAGCUAGCUUUGAGGCUAUAUUUCACAUUAGCAGAGGUGAAAUAACUGAUUCACUUUUAAUGAAUUAGGAUGAAAACUCAUGAGACCGCAAAGCUGAACCAUCAAUAGAAAAAUAACCGCAAAGUCCGAUUUAUAUAACUGCUAACUUCUAAUUCUGUCAGUCACUGCUGCUAUAGUGCAAACCUAACGUGAGGCGCGUACAGCAGAAAGACAAUUCAGAUUUGAAUUUUCUGUAAGAACCUCAUGUUUGCCUCCAUAUGAGCUCAAAAUCUAUCAGCUUCUUUGUUCGCUAAGACGAAAUGAAGCCAUAACAUGCUAAGAAGAAUGUCGAUACAGUAAGCGGCCACCAGGCGGCGCCGCAGACCGUCUUGCUUGUUUUUCUGGUUUUUUUCCCCUUCUUUUCAUGUAUUUAUUUGAGUUUCAUCUUCCUGUACCAACCGUAUUUUCAUAUGUUGACUCAUAAAGUAUUUUUCCA